AUGUGCUCGAAGAAGAGGUCAACGUUUCAAUCGGCUUUAUCAUCAGCUCCAUCAUUAGCAUCAGCAAUUUCGCAGUCAUCAGCCAACAGUUCAUAUCAUAGUUAUCGUGAACCUGAAGAAGAGGAAGAAAUCAACAAUGAAGUUGUCAUCGAAGAACUGGAUCACCAAGGGAACAUCGAGGAGAUAGGAGCGAACUGUGAUCAACAGGCCGGUGACGAGAGUGUCGUAGAAUGUGAGCAGUAUGUUGGGGGAGAGGAAGGAGAUUCAAAGCCAUCACCAAGCGAUGAGAAAGAACCGAAACGCAGUGAAUUGCUUGACUAUUUUCUCAAGUGUACCACUGAAGAGAAGUCGAUGGAAGCUGAAAGUUGUGGAGCGAAGAAGCGCUUACAGUUUUCUAAUUCAACCAAAGCGAAGAACGGAAAUGGAUCGAAGGUACUCUAUCUAAACUAUGAUGGACCAGAAAAUUGA